AUGGGUAGGCACACUCGAGAACGAGCCGCCGCUAUUGCCCAAGCCGCCGAGGCUACUGUUGUUGCCCAUGGAGGCAAUGUUAAUCGGGGAAAUGACAAUGGGAAUAGGCAGAUGCAUCGGCUAGUAGAACAGUUCUUGAAGUUGAAACCGGCAAAAUUCACUGGAAAGGGUGACCCAGAAGCUGCACCUCGUUGGAUAGAAGAUCCGGAGAAGGCAUUUGAGGUUUUGGGUUGCACCGAGGAGGAGAAAGUAACCCCGGCAGUGUAUCGGCUUCAAGACACGGCCAGUGAUUGGUGGAAGGCCACCAAGGGAAGAGUUUUCCCGGAGGGUAAAGUACCGAAUUGGACUAUCUUCACCGAAGUCUUCAAUGGGAAAUACUUUUCAGAGACUGCUCAGGAGCGAAAGAUGUUAGAAUUUCAGCAGCUCCGCUAA